AUGAUGCAGUGGUGCAAUGAGACCUAUAGGUCUUUUUCCCGCAACGAGCAAACGGACCGUAUUUGGCGCGCCUCUGUCCCCGAAGAGGCGCUGUCAUACCCGUUCCUCAUGCAUGGGAUAUUAGCUAUCUCUGCACUUCAUAUUGCGCGGACCAGGGCAGACCAUCGCCGUGCCGACUACGUCAGCAUUGCGGUCGCGCAUCAGGACCAAGCAUUGGCCUUGUUUCGUGAACGGCUACAUGAUAUUAACCCCUCUAAUGCGAAAGCUAUGUUUGCGUUUGCGAGCAUUGUGGCCGUCUAUGCAUUUGGCUAUCCUCAUCCGCCAGAUGCGAAAGACCCAUGGGACUACAUUGACGAUCUCCUUCAGCUACUUAUCCUGUCGCGGGGCGUGCACCAGGUGCUGAGUACUGCGUCUUCGUCGAUAAAGGAGAGCGAUUUUGGGCCAAUUGUACAGUUUCCCGAAUACGAAGUCAAUCUCCCCGGUGAUAUACUCUUUGCCUUAGGAAAGCUCCACGAUGCAAACAAGUCGAUUGGAGAGACAGAUUCCACGCAUGAUACGUCUGUUUACGAGGACACCAUCGACAAAUGGGCAGAUAUGGCAGGCGCCGUGUACAGCGGCGUAACUUCCAUUACUGUCGCCUGCAGGUGGGCAAUCAAGCUGCAACCGAGAUACGUGGAUUGCGUGCGGGAGCGCAAGCCCCUAGCCCUGGUCAUUCUGGCAUACUACUGCGCAAUCCUCCAUCGCCUUCGACACAAUUGGUGUCUCGACGAGUGGGGUCCUCGGGUUUCAAAGGCGCUCUGGCUUGUUCUAGAUGAGCGUUGGCGCCCGUUGAUAUAUUGGCCUAUGAGAGAUAUCUUUGGCCAGGCAUUCGAGCCGAAUUUAACCUGA